UCAAGGCUAUCAAACAUGACCUUGCACAAGGCCCCGUGCCCGCCCUCGUCCCUUUACCUCUCAGCUCUCGGUGAUCGGCAAAACCCAUGAAAACAUACACACCGAAAAACUAUAGCGAGUGAAAAGAGCAACAAUGGCUUACAAUCUCAGUGCUUCACCAUUUACUUCACUUUCUCAUGGCACCAAUCUCUUUUGCAACUCAAUGUCUCCUCCACACCUCCUUCAACUCAGUCUCAGACCGUAAAAAACCCGUCGAUUUUCGCCUCAAAUUUCGUCCCCGGAAACCCCCUUUUCAUAUUUCCAAUGUCUCUUUACAAGAACGAGAGCACGCCGCAAUUUCAGAAGAUUCACACAGCCCAACUAAAAAAACCAAUUCUUUGACAAAAUCCUACAUCUGGGUCGAUCCCAAGAGCCACAGAGCAUCGAAAUUAAGGCAGAAGUCCUAUGAUUUCAGGUAUUCUUCUUUAGUUAAAAUUUCGAAAUCUUUGGAUUCUUGUUCCCCGUUAGAAGAAGAUAUAGUGAAUAUAUUGGAAAGCUUUGGGACUAAAAUUGUGAAACAAGAUGCUGUGAUUGUAUUGAACUACAUGUCGAACCUGGAAACUGCGCUAUUGGUGCUUAAGUAUUUUCAAGAAUGGUUGAAAUUGAGUGAAGAAUUUAUUUUGUAUAAUGUUACUUUGAAUGUUUUUAGGAAAUAUAGGGAUUUCGAUGGCGCAGAAAAUUUAUUUAAUCAAAUGCUUGAGAGAGGGGUUAAGCCUGAUAAUGUUACUUUCUCAACCAUAAUUAGCUGUGCUAGGGUGUGUUCUUUGCCUGAAAAGGCUGUUGAAUUGUUUGAAAAAAUGUCAUCUUUUGGAUGUGAACCUGAUGUGGUGACUACUAUGAUUGACGAAUAUGGGAAGGCAGGGAAUGUGGAUAUGGCUAUGAGUUUGUAUGAUCGUGCAAGGACUGAGAAAUGGUGUGUUGGCGUUGUCACCAUCUCAACGUUGGUUAAGAUUUAUGCGGCAUCCGUGAAUUUUGAUGGGUGCUUGAACGUUUUUACGCUGAAUUGGGAGGGCCAGACUCCAAGAGCUAGCUAAUGAGGUUGGAAAAUCCAAGCCAAUAUAAACCAUACAAAGGAAGCUUACACUUUCGAUGUGGGAUUCAGGUGCCCAUAUACCCCAAUGGGAACCAUGACAAACCACCGUGCUUCCGACUUAACAUUCACGUCGAGCAGGUGCCCAUACACCCUAAGUGGUAACCGAGAUCAGAAGAGAUGAUGCUUGCUCUGGUACCAUUAUCAUGCUCAAUUGGGAGAGUUAGCCCUAAAAACUAGCCAAUGAGGUUGGAGAACCCAAACCAAUAUAAACUACGUAAAGAAAGCUUACACUUUCGAUGUGAAAUUCAGAUGUCCUUAGACCCCAAUGGAUACCAUGACACACACAAAGGAAGCUUACACUUUCAAUGUGGGAUUCAGGUACCCAUACACCCCAAUGGGAACCAUGACAAACUUGUACGAGGAAAUGAAGGCACUAGGAGUUAAGCCUAAUUUGGCUUUGUAUAACAAUUUACUGGAUGCUAUGGGAAGAGCAAAGAGGGCAUGGCAAGCACGCGAAGAAUAUCUACAAGGAGAUGGUGAAUAAUAUGAUCGAUCCAAGUUGGGGUAGUUAUGCCACAUUGAUUAGGGCAUAUUGUAGGCUUGGUAUGGUGAUGACACACUUAAUGUUUACAGGGAGAUGAAGGAGAUGGGCAUGGAGUUUAUCGUUUUUUUAUAUAAUACUAUUUUGUAUAUGUGUGCUGAUGUAGGACAUGCAGAGGAAGCCGUUGAAAUUUUUGAGGAUAUGAAGAGUUCAGGACCUGCAUGCCUGACAGUUGGACAUUUUCUUCUUUGAUUACAAUUCAUUCCUGGAGUGGGAAAGUUAACCAGGCAGAGGCUACCGUGAAUGAAAUGGUGGAAGCUGGGUUUGAGCCUAACAUCUUUGUCUCGACCUCACUCAUCCAGUGUUAAGGGAAAGCUGGCCAAAUAGAUGAUAUUGUAAGGAUAUUUAAUUGGUUGCUAGAGCUAAGUGUAACUCCAGAUGAGCGAUUCUGCGGUUGUCUUCUUAAUGUAAUGACUCAAGCACCAAAAGAAGAACUUUCUAAGUUGAUGGGUUGCAUUGAGAGGACUAAUGCGAAGCUUGGUCGUGUGGUCAAAAUCCUCACAGAUGAAGAUAAUUUUGAAGGAGAAAUCUUCAAGAAGGAAGCUGGUGAACUCUUUGAAUGUAUUGGUAAUGAUGUAAGAAAGGCCUAUUGCAGUUGUUUAAUUGAUUUCUGUGUCAACCUUAAUCAUUUGGAGAGAGCUUGUCAGUUGUUAGACCUUGGGCUCGCACGUGGAAUAUAUGCUGAUGUACAGUCUAGACCUCUAACCCAGUGGUCUUUGCACUUGAAGAGCCUCUCUCUAGGGGCGGCUUUAACUGCACUGCACAUCUGGGUGAAUGACUUAUCGAGAACAUUCGAAGAUGGGGAAGAACUUCCAUCAUUGCUUGGGAUCAACACAGGGCAUGGGAAACAUAAAUACUCUGAGAAAGGAUUGGCAGGUGUUUUUGAAUCCCAUCUGAAGGAGCUAAAUGCUCCAUUUCAUGAGGCACCAGACUAAGGUUGGUUGGUUUUUGACGAUGAAGGUUGCAGCCACAUCUUCGUUGAAGUCUAGAAGUUCCCAGGAGGCAGUUGCUGCUUAGGUGGAGUUCUUAGCCUUUUUGUUGAUACAUGACACCUCAAAUUAUUGUUUCUCUGGCCUUGUGCAAUUAUGCUUAGUCUACAAUAGAGAAUUUUCUUCUUCUUCUUCAUUUUUUUUUUAUUUUUAUUAUUUUAUUUUUUUUGGUCACGUGGAUUGGCUUAUACUGAUUGUUUCAUGAUUGUUUCGCCCUUCUAAGAUAGUUUCAUGAUUGUAUACGAGUUCAUUGAAUGCCUGCAUUUGUAUGAUGGCAUGGUUUUGACCAGAAUGCACAUUUUCUUGGAUAA